UGCAGUACUACACCAAAUUUGGUAACUACUACAGUAUAUAAAAAACACACACAUCUCCAAUCUUCCCUCAAUGAUUUUCACUAAACUCCAAUGGCACGUUAUCAACCCUUUCUUUUCGUUACUCUCUUUCUUUUUCUCAUCAUCUCCGCCGCUGCCCACGGCGGAGCUCACGACGGAGAUGCUGAUGCAGAUUCCGACUCAUCUGCACCCUCCGAUAAACCCCAUCUGAGAUCUCGACCGUUGGUUUUUGUAAAAAUAUGGUGUUUGAUUAUAGUGUUCGUAGGGACUUUUCUUGGAGGAAUAUCACCUUAUUUUAUGAAAUGGAAUGAAGGGUUUUUGGUUCUUGGAACACAAUUUGCUGGUGGGGUGUUUUUAGGGACAGCACUUAUGCAUUUCUUGAGUGAUUCAAAUGAGACAUUUGGAGAUUUGACGAAUAAAGAAUACCCUUUUGCUUUUAUGUUGGCAUGUGCUGGUUAUUUGCUUACUAUGUUGGCUGAUUGUGUUAUCUGUUUUGUUUAUGCCAAGCAGAAUAACAGCAACGAUGUUCAGCUCCAAGGUGAUACUGAAAAUGGAAAAGGCAAUGGGAUUGUCACACAAGGACAGUCACAGGUCUGUGAUGGCAGAGAAGAUUACUUUUCAAAAGCACCUCUUGCAACUGCAUCUUCGCUUGGCGAUAGCAUCCUAUUGAUCGUGGCGCUGUGUUUCCAUUCUGUCUUUGAGGGAAUUGCCAUUGGCGUCGCAGAUUCAAAAGCCGAUGCUUGGAGAGCUCUUUGGACUGUCUGUCUACACAAGAUAUUUGCUGCCAUUGCAAUGGGAAUAGCUCUACUUAGGAUGAUCCCUAAUCGUCCGCUGUUAUCUUGUGCAGCAUAUGCUUUUGCCUUUGCCAUCUCCAGUCCAAUUGGUGUUGCCAUUGGAAUCAUAAUUGAUGCCACAACUCAAGGGGUUGUUGCAGACUGGAUCUUUGCAAUAUCAAUGGGAUUGGCUUGUGGGGUUUUUGUUUAUGUAUCCAUUAAUCAUUUGCUUUCAAGGGGAUACAAACCUCAGAAAAUGGUCUUAGUUGACAAGCCUCAUUUCAAGUUUUUGGCUGUCUUGUUAGGUGUUGGAGUGAUUGCUGUGGUGAUGAUAUGGGACACUUGAUUUGUUUGGCAGCAGUAGCAGAAUAGUUACCUCUUUAUUUUGAAAAUUUAUCCCAUUGUUGUUUCAAAAGGUAGGUAGGUGGUAUACAUGAUAUUGAGAGUGAAAUGUACAGUACUAAAAGUUGUGAUUUUUCUGGGUUCUGUCUUUAUCCCCUGUUAUUUAAAUGGAAUUGAUUUCAAGAAACCAAAUAUAUUUGUGGAUUAUUGCCAAGUUU